AUGACUAAUAAAAACAAAAAGGUUGCCACUCCUGCACUUUGGGAGAAGGACACCAAAUUAAUAUUAUGUGACAUAUGCAUAUGUGAAAUUGAUAAGGGAAAUAGGCCAACAACAUUUUUCAAUAAGGAAGUUUGGGAUAACAUCGUUAGCAAAUUCAAGGAGAUGACAGGUAGGGAAUAUGAUAGACUCCAAUUGAAGACUAAAUGGGAUCAGCUUAAGAAAGAUUGGAAACUGUGGAGUGAUUUGAAGUGUGGCUCCACUGUAUUAGGAUGGGAUCCGAUUGUUCCUGCGGCAAAGAAGUUCAGAUUGGCUGGGAUUGAACCAGAAUUGGAGGACAAGUUACAAAUGAUGUUUGGUGGGGUGGUAGCUACAGGGAAAUUUUCAGCUGCCCCUACCGAAACAGUUUUUGAAACAACCCUCGAGAAUGUGGCCGUGGAAUUGUCAAAUGAUUCUGCAGAAUUCCGCAGUGUUGAGCCACCUGAAAUUCAAUCCAUCAACCGUGCGAAGUGCCCCCGGAACGAAAACAAGAGAAAGAGUGGACCUGCAUCUAUGAGGGAGCAGCUCUCAUACCUAGUGGACUCAUCUAAUGAUGCCCCUCACAUAGUUCAAAAAACCUUGGUUCAUGAGGUCAUUGAACUUCUUGAAGAAGAAUCAGAAUUUACAGGGGAACGUGAUCUUUUCUACUUUGUUGUAGACCUCUUUUGUGAUUCCCUCCAUCGAGACUUCUUCACAGCACUGAGCAAAGAGUGA